AUGCGCCCAAGCCGGUUCCUCCAGUCUGUGUUUCGUGAAGGCGACGCAGCUCUUUGCAGACCGCUUCGAAACCUAAACCAUGCUUUUCUCGUGGUGCCGUUGAAGAAGGAUAAAGUUGGACAUACGCAUAAUGGACGGUUUAACCAUAAUGAUAUCAUAGGAAGGCCUAAGCGCAUCUACUUGCCAUUUUCCAAGGGGAAGGCUCUGGAGGACCCUGCUGCUGAUAAGUUUGUUGUGACGGAGCCGACGUUGGACGAAUACGUGUCGUUGUGUCGUCGACGGGCCCAGCCUAUUUAUGCUAUGGAUGCUGCUGUGGUGGCUCUGCUUGGAGAGAUAGAUCCGUAUGGACCGAAGGAGGAGGGUCCUAGACGGUACCUUGAAGCAGGCACGGGGAAUGGGUCGCUUACGUUGGCGAUUUGCCAGCUUUUACAUGGCGCCAAUGCUGUGGCUAGGCACUUUGAGGACCCUUCGCUUCGAGGUGCUAUUCUUCAUUCCGUGGAUAGGAAUAAGAUCCACCAGGAAAAUGGCGCUUUGAACGUGGCUAACUAUAAAAGAGGAAGGUACGCUGGCGAUGUGGAGUUUGGCUUGGCUGAGCUGCCGCUGGAAUGGGUAAAGCAGUACCCUGGCCAGUUGACUCUCCAUGGCGUUUUCUUAGAUUUACCCGAUCCACAUCUAUACCUUGGCGACUUGGCCAAGGUUUUGGCUCUCGAGGCCACGUUGGUGGUGUUUUGCCCGUCUAUUACACAGCUUUUAAAGUGCAAGCAGUAUUUGGUGGAUAAGCAUAAUGCUGGAGAGAAAGUAGACCUUUCGUUUGUUCGUGCGAUGGAGCUACCGCCAGGAAACGGCGGUGGAACACGAGAAUGGGAUAUUUCAUCUGUGGUUGCAAAAUCUACAGGCGAAAGAGUCGAUAUUUGUCGUCCUAAGGUAGGCGAAAGGGUCGUUGGAGGAGGGUUCAUUGGCGUCUUCAAGAGAAAGUCUGUCGAUGGAACGUUGUAUUAG